AUGUCUCUGGCACGGUCGACUCGCAGCGCUCAGUCGCUAUUUCGCGCAGCUCAGCGGGCAAGCAGAACCCAAACCACGUCGGCCCUUCUCGCCAGAACUUAUGCCACGACCGUCGAAUCGGAUAUUUUCAAGCCGACAAAAUAUGGAGGAAAAUACACGGUGACCUUGAUCCCAGGUGAUGGUAUUGGUGCCGAGGUCGCCGAAGCCGUCAAGACCAUCUUCAAGGCCGACAAUGUCCCAAUUGAGUGGGAACAAGUCGAUGUCUCGGGCGUCGAUACUGGCGACAAGCACUCGGAAGAGCUCUUCAGAGAGUCCAUCGCUUCUCUGAGGCGGAACAAGCUGGGCUUGAAGGGUAUUUUGCACACGCCCAUCGAACGAUCAGGUCACCAGUCCUUCAACGUCGCCCUCCGACAGGAGCUCGACAUUUAUGCCUCUGUCGUUCUGAUCAAGAACAUCCCCGGCCUCGUCACACGGCACCAGAAUGUCGACCUUUGCAUCGUACGUGAGAACACCGAGGGCGAGUACUCUGGUCUAGAACACCAGUCUGUGUCUGGCGUGGUGGAAUCGUUGAAAAUCAUCACCCGGGCCAAGUCGGAACGCAUCGCCAAAUUUGCCUUCUCUUUCGCGCUCGCAAAUAACCGGAAGAAGGUGACGUGCAUCCACAAAGCCAACAUCAUGAAGCUGGCCGACGGUCUGUUCAGAAAUACGGUCAAGAGUGUCGGAGAGGACUAUCCCACCCUCGAGGUGAAUGACAUGAUUGUCGACAAUGCCUCCAUGCAGGCUGUCUCCCGACCCCAGCAAUUUGACGUGAUGGUCAUGCCCAACCUUUACGGCGGCAUCCUGACCAACAUUGCCGCUGCUCUGGUCGGUGGACCUGGUGUCGUUCCCGGCUGCAACAUGGGCCGAGAGGUUGCUGUCUUCGAGCCUGGAUGCCGACACGUUGGUCUCGAUAUCAAGGGCAAAGAUCAAGCCAACCCCACCGCGCUUCUCCUUUCCGGCACCAUGCUGCUCAGGCACCUGGGUCUGGACGACCACGCCAACCGCAUCUCCAAGGCGGUGUAUGAUGUGAUCGCUGACGGGUCAGUACGCACCCGCGACAUGGGCGGCAACAACACCACGCAUGAAUAUACUAGGACGAUCUUGGACAAGAUGGAGCAGGGCCUGUAA